AUGAAAUGGACAAACGCCGGUAGCCGCAGGGGCAGCAAAAAAGCGGCGCCCAGCGCCCGCCCAUUGCCUGUGAAUUUGCGCCUGAACGACUUCUCCGACGACGAACUUCAUCUCGCCACUCGCCGGAGCACCGGCAACUCGCCAGACGCUCCUCCUCAAGCGGAGCGUGUGGGCUACAGUCAGCUGACAGUACUGAUCGCUGAGCUGCGUCGCUCGAGUCGUCUCGGCCGAUCAACUUGUGCGGAAGUUACACGGCACUACCCAGCCAUAAUAUAUGUGUUUGUCUUCACACGAUGCCUUCCACAGCCGAACAGCUGCUCAACAUAUUGUGUUGCUCGAGUAAGUCCCAUAUUGUAA